AUGGCCACGACAACAGCACACGCCAGCGACGUCGCCGCCAUCCUCAACCACACCGCGCAGCCCUACAACUUCCGCUUCUCGCCGUUCCUCCGGCAGACAUACCAAGUCGGCCUCCCGCCCGACCGCCCCGUAUGCAAGGCCUUCCAGUCCGGCAGCUGCCCCAACGGCACGCGCUGCUCGGAGCGGCACGUCUCGGACGGGCGCUCCAGGGACCAGCAGCAGCCGUCGGGCGGGCUCAACUCGCUCGUGUGCAAGCACUGGCUGCGCGGCCUGUGCAAGAAGGGCGAGCACUGCGAGUUCUUGCACGAAUAUAAUCUGCGCAAGAUGCCCGAGUGCAACUUCUUCAUGCGUAAUGGCUAUUGUUCGAAUGGCGAGGAGUGUCUGUAUCUGCACGUCGAUCCGCUGAGCAAGCUGCCGCCGUGUCCGCAUUAUGAUAUGGGGUUCUGUCCGCUGGGACCGCUUUGUUCGAAGAAGCAUGUGAGGAGGAAGCUUUGUGUGUAUUACUUGGCGGGUUUUUGUCCUGAUGGGCUGGAGUGCAAGACGGGGGCGCAUCCGAAGUGGUCCAAGGAUCUGGAGAAGCCGGUUGCUAAGAGCGCGGAAAAGACAGAGGACGAAAUAAAGCUGGAGGUACAGCAGUUUAGGGACGACGAGGGAGAUCGAUUUAGAGAUGGACGGGGGGAUCGUGACGGGCGUGAGGGAGGAGGUGGACGAGGAAGGUAUAGGGGUAGGGGACACUGA